AACUUUGAACUGGCUGAACCAAAGACCAAGACGCCAAAUUGCUGCUGUCAGUUUAUAAUUUAACUUAACGCUGCGUUUUAACUCGGUUAAGUAACUUCACGACGCUCCCUAAUUACCACACGACCUUUACCCCGUCUCGCAUGCUCAGUGCUGCACCGCUGUAGUGUAGCAUGCUGUGUGUAAUAACAGGCAGCCUGUGCACACUCCGAAAGGGACACGCUUUUAAAGACGUGCUAGUGCGUUUGCCGAGGCUUGUGUCUCGUAGAAACAUGUCGUCGUCUCAAGCUAAGCGGCCGGUUUCCUUACUGGGCUCCAUGGCGUUCGGGGGACGAGCCGACGCCGAGCUGAGCCUGGAGAUGGUGAAGGCUUUCCUGGGUAGGGGGCACAACCAGCUGGACACAGCCUUCAUGUACAUGGACGGAAAGUCAGAAGAAGUCAUAGGAGGCAUGAAUCUUCCUAAAACGGUAAGCAUAGCUACUAAGGCCAACCCUUGGAAUGGGAAGACACUGAAACCAGAGAGUGUCCGCUCCCAGCUGGAAACCUCCCUCCAGAGGCUGAAGACCGACUGUGUGGACCUUUUCUACCUCCACGCCCCUGACCACGAAAAUCCCAUUCAGGAUACUCUUAGGGCCUGCAAUGAGCUGUACAAAGAGGGAAAAUUCAAGGAGUUUGGCCUAUCAAACUAUGCAUCGUGGGAAGUGGCAGAAAUUGUGUGCCUCUGCAGACACAACAACUGGAUAGUUCCCACUGUGUACCAGGGAAUGUACAAUGCCACCACAAGACAGGUGGAAACAGAGCUGCUGCCAUGCCUCAGAAAUUACGGGAUCAGAUUCUAUGCUUACAAUCCUCUAGCAGGUGGCCUUCUGACAGGGAAGUAUCAUUAUGAAGACAAAGAUAAUACUCAGCCUGCGGGACGAUUCUUUGGUAACAACUGGGCUGCAGCAUACAGGGACAGAUACUGGAAGCAGAGUCAUUUCCAGGCCAUAGAUUUGGUUCUAAAAGCCUUAGAGACGGUGUACGGUUCGGAGAAACCCUCCCUGACUUCUGCUGCUAUGCGCUGGAUGUACCACCACUCCCAACUCAAGGGUGACUUUGGAGAUGGAGUCAUCAUCGGCAUGUCAACUAUGGAGCAACUUCAGCAGAACUUGGCUGCUGCAGAGGAAGGUCCUCUGGACCAGAGAGUGGUCGAUACCUUUAAAGAAGCCUGGGAUCUCGUAGCCCACGAGUGUCCAAACUACUUUAGAUGAAGACUUCCUUCCUCUGAUGACUAAAUCUGCUAAAGCCCCAUUUCACUUAAUUACCACCUUUUAUCUUUUUGUUGAAAUAGUUUUCUUCGAAUGAAUCAACGAGUGUUUUGUUGAUGUGUAAGAGCACUUCAUUGUCAAUCGAAAAAUGACACUUAAAAAUAAUGUUUUGAGAAGCCUUAAAUUCUGGCAUGUUUUCCUAAAUGAAUAAUUUCUAUGAAAUGGGUUGGCUUAACGCAUUAAUGGUAAUGUGUUUAAUUGUUUGAAUGAAAGUAUUUGCUUGCAGUACAAGCCUUUCCCACAAUGUAAUGGCAAAUGUUGAAAAAAAAAAAAAAAAGCAUCAACAUAACUACAUGUACAAGAGUGAUUCUUUUGACUCCAGUCCAGUUUUUACCAAACAACAACUCAGUCCAGAG